AUGUCUGACCAAGCUCUUUUAAUGGAGAUGUCUACUCAAGGCAUUAUCCUUUCUAUUGCCGCCCUCCUGGCCACCAUCGUCUGCAUCCCGCCGCUGGUCUGGCACUCCAGGAACAAGAACUUCCCUGCGGUGUGCCUCACCGUCUGGCUGAUUAUCCAGAAUACCUACAACUUCGUCAACCCAUUCAUCUGGCCCACCGAUGCCGUGGAUACCUGGUGGCUGGGCCCGGUGUACUGCGACAUCCAAGCCAAACUCAUCACCGGCGCCGGAGUGGGCAUUGCCGGCCCCUUAGCAUGCAUCUUUCGCUCGCUGGCUAAGGUCCUAGACACUGAUCGUGCCACUUUGAUGCCGAGCAAGGGAGAGAAGAGACGGACACUGGCCUUCGACAUCAUCUUUUGUGUGGUAAUUCCAGUCUUUGUCAUGGCAAUCCACUACAUCAUUCAGGAGAACAGGUACUUCAUUUACGCCAUCGUUGGGUGUAUGCCUUCCUAUGUGUCGAGCUGGCCGAGUGUGAUUGUUGGCUACAUGUGGCCUCCCCUAGUGCUCACUGUUGCAGCAGUGUAUGCAGGAAUCGUCGUGUAUCGCCUCAUCAAGUACAAGCGUGAAUUCAACAGCAUCGUCUCUGCUAGCACCACCACCACAAAAUCCCGAUUUCUCAGGCUGCUCAUUCUGGCCCUGCUCAUGCUUCUCGGGAGCUACCCAGCCCAGCUCUACGUUUUGUACUUCAACAUCACCGCCUUCCAGCCCUGGAUGCCAUUCUCCUGGAGCCAGGUCCACGGGCCCGAUUGGUAUGUGAUUUUCAAGUAUACCAUGGGCGGCAAAGUGUUCUUCGAUCGCUGGAUCCAGGUCAUUGCCGGCUACUUGGUAUUUAUCUUCUUCGGCUUCGGCAAAGAUGCAACCCUCAUGUAUCGAUCUUUCCUGCUGAAGCUUGGUCUUGGACGAAUCUUCCCCGCGCUCGAGCACCCUCAUCUUAUGAGCUCGGGAUACGGCUCCUCUGGCAAUAAAAGCGGCUCCUUUGGAAGUCGAGCGAGGAUGCUUUUCAAGAAGGACUCGCAGCAGACCAUGACUAUGUCCAACAGUUCGAAAUCCGAUGAUUGGAACGCCGUCAUUCUCAAUUCCGUCGCUUCCAACGACGAUCACCGCCGCAGCUCCUCGUUUUCAACCACCAAACCUCCCCCGCCACCAUCUCAAGCACGCGCAGCUUCCCCCAGAGACCGCCGUUCAUCGCCUCUCAUGCCCGACCUCGAGCUUCUUGACGCUGGGAGCAUCUUACAGCCCUCACCCGCUGCCCAUGGUAAACACUAUGACCCGAAUUCUAUUGAAGUGCGGACAUCAGUUACUGUUGAGCGCAGUCGAGGUGAUAACAUCGUAUGA